AUGGCUAUCGAAGGGGCAGUCGCUCCGCACCAUGACAUGGAUAACAACCGUCUCCCACCACACACAGACCUGGUCUCAUGGACCCUGAGCGGUGCAAGAGAGAAGGGUUGGCCGAUCCUCGUCGAUGCAGCGGACACUACUCGCUUCAUCUCGGGAACGGUGGCUUGUCAGCUCGUCGAAGCAUUAGGCGGCGCAUUCACGGCCGACAGCACGGUGUGUCUUCAUCUUCCGAAUGACGUCCUGUACCCGGUGCUCGUACUAGGCAUAUUAUCAUCCGGCUGUCGCUGGACUGGCACCAAUCCCGCCUACACCGUUAUGGAGCUGGAGCACCACUUUCGCAUCUCGCAGACACGGUAUGUCAUUACAUCGCCGGAGCAUGUACCGGUAGUCGAGGCUGCUGUAGAGGUCAGUGGCACCUUAGCGGAGAUCAUCAUCUUCGAAGACCUUCUCCGAUCCGCGAGCUCAAGCAACCAAGCCAGGAGGGUGACGUCAAACAGCAUCCAGACACCUACUUCAUGUCACCGUACGCUGCGUGAGCUCCUCUAUCCAAUAGUCAGCUCGUCUGGGCUGCUUCCAAAGCCUCGGAUCGACAGCAUUGCUGCACUCAUGCAAACCUCUGGAACAACAGGAUUGCCAAAACUGGCCGCUCGAACGCAGCAGUCCAUCAUGCUCGAACUAUCCGCCAUCGAAGAUAACCACGCCAGCAAGCCCUACGAAGUGCGCCGGCUAUUCUGCACUCCAAUCUUCCACGCCUUCUCCGCCCCAGAAAUGCUGUUCAACUCGCUCCGUCUUGGCCACCCAACCUACUUCAUGCGCCGCUAUGACGAGACGUUCGCGCAGAAAGUCCAUAACCUGCGCAUCACAGAGAUCUUCGGCGCGCCACCAAUGCUGCUGAAGCUCGUUGAGCGCCCGCUCGAGGCUCGCCACCUCCUUUCAAGCUUGAAAGCCGUCUACUUCGGCGGCGCACCACUUGGCGGAGACGUACGGAAGAAAUUCCUCUCCGUCUUCGAAACGCCACCGCGUCUGGUACCUGUCUACGGCAUGACCGAAGGCGGCUGGUUCUCCACCUUCAGUCGCCUCGAAGAUGACCCGAGCGGCUCCGUCGGCCGUCCUCUUCCGGGCCUCGAAGUCAAGAUCUCCACUGCGAACACAGACAUGGCCGACAGCCCCAUUCGACACAACAAUGACGAAGCAGGCGAGCUCCUCGUUCGCGGCCCGCAAAUCAUGUCAGGCUACUAUAACAACCCCACUGCCACCAUCUCAGCCUUUACACCCGACGGCUGGCUCAAGACUGGCGACAUCGGUUACCUUCGCGACGGUAAGAUCUACCUCGUCGAUCGCGCCAAGGAUAUGAUCAAGGUGAAUGCAUGGCAAGUCUCACCUACGGAGCUGGAGAGUGCGUUGCUAUUGCACCCGUUAAUCGCGGACGCGGCGGUGUAUGGGACAGGGCAGGAUGUGGAUGAGCGGCCGGUCGCUUGCGUGGUGCGUCGACCGGAUGCCGUCACUGCGCCACGCCGCGAAGGCGGGAGUUACUUCGACUCGGGGUUGGAAUGUGAGAGGAAAAGUGGAAAUGGCGGCAUGUCUACGGAGGGUACGUUGACCAAGCAAGAAGUUCGGGACUACCUGCGGCAGCGGUUAGCCGGGUACAAAGUCUCGCGGUGUGAGGUCGUAUUCGUGGACAGCUUGCCGCGCAAUGGAGCAGGCAAGGUCUUGCGGAAGGUGUUGAAGGAGCAAGUGGAGGGUGCCGUGCCGGCACUAUAA